AUGAAGAUCUCUGGAAACACAUUCGUCAUCACCGGCGGUACUGGCGGUAUCGGAGGAGCUACUGCCAGAUCCCUCUCAUCACAAGGCGCAUCUGUAGCUCUUUUCGACAUCAUUCCUGAAGACAAGGGUGCAGCUUUCGCCAAGGAUCUUGGAGUUGGUGACAAGGCCAAAUACUACAAGGUCGACAUCACCAAUUCAGAUGCAGUCAAAGCGGCUGUAGCAGAUGUCGUAGAUACCUUAGGGAACCUCAAAGGUGCUGUCCAUUGUGCGGGAGUAGCCAUCAAACGAGAGUGGACAAAUGACAUCGCAGAAUCCAUCCCGAACUUCAAAAGAAUGCUCGACAUCAACGUCACUGGUACUUUCAUCGUCAACGCUCAUGUUGCCGACGCGAUCAACAAGCCGUUGAAUCAUCCCGAUGGGUCAGACAAACACGCCCCAUUCUGGACUAGCAACGAGGAACGAGGUGUGAUAGUUAACUUUGCUUCGGCUGCCGCGAAUCCAUAUGCUCGUGUCUUGUCUUAUGGUCCCACAAAGACUGCUGUCGUUGGGAUCACAAAAUCCUUCUCGGACUUCCUUGGUCCUUCCGGUAUCCGAGUCGUAUCCAUUUCUCCCUCUAUCGUCGUAUCCGCUAUGACUGCCAACUUCUCAACAUACUUCUCCGAUGACCUCCUCAAAACCGCAACAUUCCCUCGUGUACCCUUGACAGCCGACCAAAUAACGCCUACUGUACAAUACAUCAUCGAAAACGUCGGUGUAAAUGGUAUUGAUAUACCCGUUGAUGGUGGGUGGAGGCUUGUGUCGCUGAAGAGCGGGCUUGAAGGGGGCAAAGACCCCCGAGAACUGGCUCCUGGCUUGGAGUAG